AUGGCUGAUAAGGGUGGGAAGAUGCUUCCAGGACAACUUUACAUUCAAGUGGAAUAUGACUAUGAAUAUGAGGCCAAGGACAAGAAAAUUGUGAUCAAGCAAGGGGAGAAAUACAUCUUAGUGAAAAAGACUAAUGAUGAUUGGUGGCAAGUCAAAAGAGAUGAAAAUUCCAAACCCUUUUAUGUGCCAGCACAGUAUGUGAAGGAAAUACCCCGGAAAGCACUGAUGCCACCUGUGAAGCAGGCAAGCAUGCUGCCAAAUAAUACCUUGAAGUUGACACAUGGAUUACAGAGAUCAACAGAAAAUGUGAAUAAGUCACCAGAGCUUUCUAGUUUUGGAAAAUCUUCUCCAGUACAAGUGUCUUGUUUAGUUCGAGAUGCCAAUCAAAAUCUGGGACUGAACAAUAGCCCCUGUCAAACUUUCGGUUUGAAUCUGGACCUUACCCAGAACAAUGGAAAACUUAACAAUGAGUUGCAGUCUCCCAAGGUUUCCAGUCAGUUUAGAACAAUUUCCAUGGGUCAUUUCCCAUGCCCAGAGUUCUUGGAAAUAGAGAAGACCAGCUUUUUGCAUGAACAGUCUUGUGAUUCAGCAGGAGAAGGCUCAGAAAAAAUUCACCAAGAUUCGGAGUCUGGAGAUGAACUCAGUAGUAGUUCCACAGAACAAGUGCAGCCAACUACUCCACCAAGCCAAGGGAGGCCUGAUUCACCAGUUUAUGCUAAUUUACAAGAACUGAAAAUAUCUCAGUCUGCACUUCCACCACUACCUACAAGUGCUCCAGUCCAAAUAAAUGGGGAAUGGGAAACCCAUAAAGAUACGACAGGACGCUGUUAUUACUACAACAGAGGAUCACAGGAGCGAACCUGGAAACCUCCGCGGUGGGCCCGAGAUGCAAGCAUUAAUAAAGGGGAUUCCCAGAGCCAUGCAGAUCAUGAGCAUCUUUCAUCAGAAGAAAACGACCACAGUUCUUGUUACAGCCAGUCAGAUAGUCAGUAUGGUUCUCCUCCAAAGGGUUGGUCAGAAGAGUUGGAUGAACAUGGUCAAACCUUAUAUACCAAUGACUAUACUAAUGAAAAGUGGAUAAAACACGCAGAUGAGCAAGGUAGACCAUACUACUACAGUGCUGAUGGUUCCAGGUCAGAGUGGGAGUUGCCUAAGUAUAAUGCUUCACCACAGCAACAAAGAGAUAUAAUAAAGAGUAGGAGUCUGGACAGAAGGCUACAGGAGCCAAUAGUUUUAACAAAAUGGAGACACAGCACAAUUGUGCUGGACACCAAUGACAAGGAAUCAUCAACUGCUUCUAAGGCUGGUUUUCCUGAAAAUGAGUCCUCUCCUUCUUCACCAAAGCAUCAAGCCACAGGUCAAGAAAAGUAUGGGUUAUUAAAUGUGACAAAAAUUACAGAAAAUGGGAAGAAAGUUCGGAAGAAUUGGAUGUCAUCAUGGGCAGUGUUACAAGGGUCAUCACUGCUGUUCACCAAAACACAAGGAAGUGGAACUGGCUGGUUUGGUGUUAAUCAGUCUAAGCCAGAAUUUACAGUGGAUCUCAAAGGGGCCUUGAUUGACUGGGCCUCAAAGGACAAAUCCAGCAAAAAGAAUGUUAUUGAGCUAAAAACUCGCCAAGGUACUGAGCUCUUAAUUCAGUCAGAUAAUGACAGCUUUAUUAAUGAAUGGUAUAAAGUUCUUAACUACACCAUCAAUAAUCAGGUAAUAGAGUCUGAUGAAGCAUUAGAUGAUGAGGUACCAGAUUCCCCUGGAGUGGAAAAACAAGACAAAGAGAAAGAAAAUAAAGACUCUAAGAAACUUCGUUCAGUGAAAGCACCCAGCAAUAUAGAUUCCACAGAUCAGAAGAAGACCAAAACAAAGCUCAAGAAGUUUCUUACACGGCGCCCUACAUUACAAGCUGUCCGUGAAAAAGGCUACAUUAAGGAUCAAGUUUUUGGUUCAAAUCUCACCAGCUUGUGUCAAAGAGAAAACAGCACGGUGCCAAAGUUCGUGAAGCUGUGCAUUGAGCAUGUUGAGGAACAUGGAUUAGAUAUUGAUGGCUUAUACAGAGUUAGUGGCAAUCUUGCAGUGAUACAGAAGCUGAGAUUUGCAGUCAAUCAUGAUGAGAAGCUGGACUUGAGCGACAGUAAAUGGGAAGAUAUACAUGUCAUUACAGGAGCUCUAAAAAUGUUCUUCAGAGAAUUGCCAGAGCCACUGUUCACUUACAACCACUUCAAUGACUUCGUUAAUGCAAUUAAGCAAGAACCAAGGCAGCGUGUCCCUGCUGUUAAAGACUUAAUCAAACAGUUGCCGAAACCAAAUCAGGACACGAUGCAGGUACUCUUUAGACACCUAAAAAGAGUUGUAGAAAAUGGAGAAAAGAACCGAAUGACCUAUCAAAGUAUAGCAAUAGUUUUUGGUCCAACCUUAUUAAAACCAGAGAAAGAGACUUGUAACAUAGCAGUCCACACAGUAUACCAGAAUCAGAUUGUAGAGUUAAUUCUACUGGAGUUGAAUUCUAUCUUUGGACGCUGACAUUUUUCUUGAAAAACAAACUGGAAGUGAUGGGUUGGCAUUAGUACUCCAUCAGAAGGAAAACCUCUUGCUGUAUAUGAUGUUUUAUGUUUGUGGACCAAGCAGCAACUUGUUUUUUUGCACUUUUGGGGAGGAGAGAAACAGGAGAAAUGUUUGACCACUUUAAUGCAAAUUAAAGAUGACACUUCAGAUUUCUUUGAAAAGUUCAAUAUAAAAAUUUGAAUUGAAAAGUUUAUAGUUUGCCUUUUUUAAGUAUCAUUGGAAAAAUUUAAUAUAGGUUAAUACACUGGAUUUCUCGGAGAGUAAAACUAAUAAUCUCAGACUGGAUAAUCUGGAACUUAGUCUCAAAAUUCUUCCAUAUGACGGGGAAAAGUCCUACCAUUUUUCCUGGUAUGGAAAAAUUCUGUGAAGUCACAUCUUAAGCUUGUUUAUUGCAAUGUACUUAGAUCUGUAUGACACACUUUUCCCAGGGGUUUCUGCAUGCAGUGACUGUCAUAGACUUGUGCUAAAAAUUUGCUUUAGUUAUUCAAAUCUAAUUCUUCACUUGAUAUCUGCUGCCCUCUUUCCUUCCUUUUCUCCUGUUUUUCUGGGAUGUUUUUGUUUUUUAUUUUUUACUUAUUUCUUACUUUCUUUUUCUCCCAGCAGCCUCUCUGGAAGUUUUUUGCUGCUUCAUAGAGCCGCACACUAUUACACUAUUUCAAAAACUGAACUUGUAAAAAUAUCCAGCAAUAGUUAUUUGUCUUGGGACAUAAUAGAAGUAAUAUUUAAUAGACAUGUUCAUUUUUUCAGGGUAUGUCCUGAGCUAAGUCUUGUGUUAUACUGAUCUAAAGCUAAAGUCCUAAGUAAAUAUGGACUGUAACACUGUGUUGAGUUCUUGGUAUAAUGCUGUGGUAGUGGGAGUUCAUUCUUGAUGUAAAUACAGGCUGUCCUUUUGAUUCCUGUACAUAAUUCAGUUCCUGUAUAGUUUAAGAUCACUUUAGUCACACAUUUCUAAUCAUGGGUAGAUUAGCUACAGUAGCAUAUUUCCAGUGGAUGUCUGGGUUUCAGCAGGGAAACAGGUUAAGGGGAGGGAGGGAGAUCUAACUGUGUGCACUUUUAGAUGUUAAUUACAUUUGCGGGCAAAUAACUGUAAUGCAAAUGGUACUGGAGAAAUACUGAGUGUGCUUGCUAAGUUGUUAAUGCACUACAAGAAGAGCCUUUUAGGUUAUUUAAUAUGUACAGGAUACAUUAGAGAUAUGUAAUAUGAAUUCUAACAGCUACAGAUAGUGAAAGUCAUGUUUUGAUAGAUAGCAUUGUGGAUUCCAUCAAACAUCUAAAUUUAAGAUUUUCUUUUUACAUUAAUGUAGAAUAAUUUGUAAAAUUGGUUUUGAAAGAUUUUGUUACAGGGAGCAUGGUCUGCUGAAGAUUUUUUUAAAUGUAUUUUUCUAGACUAACUGCUGUAUCUGACAUAUU